GCGCUCCCCUUAAAAGUCUCUUCCAGAGGAAGUUGAGUUACCCACCGGACGCAUGUGGUGUGCAGUUUGCAGGUUACCGCGUGUUUUCUGUGACAGAAAAAGUCUUGUGCGGGGAACAAUUUAUAUUGAAGUAUAUGUUUUAAAGACAAACAAACGAUCUCAGUGGUUUGUGAGAAGAAUUUGAUCAUGACAAUAGUGGUUCUGCGUUUGCAAGGUUUAAACACAGAGGCAGGAUCUGAAGAUAUUCGCAGAUUUUUCCAUGGCUUGCACAUACCUGAGGGUGGUGUUCAUAUCAUCGGUGGUGCGAUGGGUGAAGCUUUCAUUAUUUUUAAUACAGAGAGAGAAGGCCAACUAGCCAUGCGCUACUCUGGAAGACUCCUCAGAGGCUCCUCUAUUUCAUUACAUAUCAGCAGUCUGCCUGAGUUAAAGAGAAUAAUGGAGUCGAGAUUGAGGAAACCAAAGUCAACAGUUGAGACCAAAAUGGUGCCAUCAUCGCCAUCUGACACCAAUGCAGCUCUUUUGCUUAGUCUAAUGGCUGCUAUUCAUGGGCCACAUUCAGACAACAAAGUGAAUCGCCAAAGUCCGGCCCACCAAACGCCUGAAGAUAUCAACCAAAACGUUCCAAAAAUACACAAUCAUUCCACAACUGACAACCAAACAAAUACUGAUGCUCAGCAUAGUCUUACUUAUGACUUGGCAUCUAAGGAGCAGAAAAGCAGAGGAGAAAACCUCAAUACCUGUAAGCCAGGGUACCUUCGGCUUUAUGGAUUUCCUGACUCUGUUGCCAAACAAGAGAUCUACCAGUUCCUACGGGGACUCCCAGUGUUGGAGGUCAUUACGAAAGUUCGACUGGAACUGGGCUGGUGCUGUAUGGCAAAGCUGGCAAGUUUUGCAGAUGCAGAGGAAGGGCUGAAAUACAGCCACAGAAAAUUCAAAGAGUUCAAUGUUGAGGUCAGAUUUGCCCAUGAGAAGAUGUGGACAGAAGCCGUGGAGCAGUCAAAAAAUUGCAUGCAAAACAUCAAGCCUCACACUUUCUCAGAGCAAAAGGAGGUCAACACAGAUAGAAAUGCAAUUAGAGGUUUCUUAACCAAAAGAAAUGCAGAAGAACAGCCCUCACCAGGAUCUCCUAAAAAAUUCUGCCGAAACUUUCCAUCCCCUCAAACUGAACAAUCUGUUAUUGUCAAUAAUCUUUCAAGGAAUAUAACCAAGACUGAGAUCAAGGAGAUUUUCGGCUGUCAAGCAAUCCCAAAUCAUAGAAUAAAACAUUUAUUAAACAAGUGGGGAGAGAGGACAAGCACUGCGUUCAUUACCUUUGAGCAUGCAGAAGACUACACCUCAGCUCUGAACAUGAAUGGCACUACUGUUGGCUUAAAAAACAUUGAGGUGUCAUCCAUUACUAAAGAAGAAAUGUUAGCCAUAGUCAGCAGAAACCGAUGUACUGUCUGGAGGCCACCGCCUUAUGGAAAGAAACAUUUAACCAUGUCGUGUAUAUAUGCACGCAAUUUUCCUGCAGAUAUCAGGAAACAAGAGGUGAGAGAUUUUUUCAUGCGCUUUAACAUCUGUGAAAAUUCAAUCAUAUUGCUUGUGGACAGCCAGGGCAAUGGCGUUGGGGAAGCCAUCGUGCAGUUUGGAUGUCAGGAAGUCGCCACACAAGCCCAGAGUCUUCAUGGCAAGUAUUUUAUGGGAGCAAAAAUUCUACUCACUUGCAUCACACGUCAACAGAUGGAGAAGAUACUUGGCACACGUUGAACAACUGAAGAUGUGAGAUGUUUUCAGCACCUUCAGACACCAGCAGUGGUGUAAAAUCUAUGUUAAUGAGGACAAUUAAUUCAUUUGAAGAUUUCUAACAAGCUUUCUCACGCCAAAUCCUGUCGAAAUUUGGCACUCUGGCAAGCAAUGUGCUCAAGCAAUAUUAUGGGUACAACAAUUGAAGAUGCCCAGUCUAGAUUUUGAGUACUACAUGGAAGGAGCAUACUAAAAAAAGACCUCAAUAUUUUUCAUACAAUGGUUGGCAAAGUAUUAAGGACUACUCCAAGUGCUUAAAUAAUGGCUGUAUACUUCCACAUUUAAAACUCUUGCACUUGUUGCUUUUUUUCCCUCUCAGUUGUUGCUGCUGAACACAGCUUACUGGCUUCAAUUAAAAACGGAUAUAUCCCAGAUAUCUUGUAUUGCAUAUUAAAAUUUAGUUUUUGAGUUAUUCGGUUUGACUGUAUAUAUUUUAAGUUUAUCAGAAAUUUGUUACAGACAAGAUGUUUAAAAAGGUUUCUGACCAUGUCUGUAUGGUAGCCAGUGUUUUGAUUUGCCAUUUCUAUACAUUCCUAUUUCUAAAACGGAAACCACUUUAAGUUGUUUCUGAUGUCUUCGUGACUUGAUAAAUUUGUAUUUAAUUUGACAUUUUGAUGUUAUAUUGCAAUUAAACUUGCACAAUCAGUUU